CUUGACAAAACACCAGUCAACUGAAAUUGCCUGGCCCAAAAUUUCAGCACCAUUCAAAGCAUCUUUGGCAGCUUGAGCCUCUUUGAAUGUCUCAUACUCAACCAGAGCAUAUCCCUUAAGAAAACCUGUUCGUCGAUCAAGAUUCAAGUGCAAAUUUUUGAUCUGACCAAACUCAGAAAAUUUAUCCUGUAUGUCAUCUUCCUGAGCUUCUUCAUGCACGGAAUUUAUGAAAAGUAUCCAGCCCUCAACAGCUGGAACAAUCAAUGAAUUAUGGUGAUCAUCAUGUGAUUACUUAAACUAAGCUAAGGCGAAUGAUCAAAAGUCAACAAUGGCACCGCAACGUGAAGAGGAGGUACCUGUUCGCAGGGCUGCAGCGUUUGGUUGCCGUUUACCAACCCGUUUUCCUCCAGGUGAAAUAUUAACCGAUAUUAUGCAGCAUCAAUGGAGGCUAGGUGGAGCUAUAGGGCAUGGUGGAUUUGGAGAUAUUUAUCUUGCUUCUAAUUUGAUCAACCGAAGCGUUGGACAUGAUGCAAGUUAUGUAAUUAAAAUUGAACCACAUAACAACGGCCCCUUAUUCGUCGAGAUGAAUUUUUACAUCAGAGCUGCACAGUGGCAUAUGAUUGAAGACUGGUGUAAGCAGCAGAGGGUAGGAAGAGUUGGCGUACCCCCUUAUCAGGGUGCAGGCUCUCACACAUACAAAGGGCAGAGGUAUAGAUUUCUAGUUCUACCACGGUAUGGGGUAGACGUCAACAAGCUGUUUCUAUCCCGUGGACGGAAACUUCCAGAGAGACUGGUCUACUCCCUUGCAGUCCAAAUGAUCGAUGCUCUGGAGUACAUACAUAGCAAAGGAUAUGCCCAUGCCGAUGUCAAAGGUUCCAAUAUUUUGUUGAGCCUCGAUACAAAGAAUUUCCUUGAGCAAGACCCUGAAGCAUAUCUCGUCGAUUAUGGUUUGGCUUUUCGAUUUAGAACAAGAGCUGGCACCCACAAACCUUUUGCACAUGACGAACGCAGGGCACAUGAAGGAACUUUGGAGUUUACCUCAAGGGAUGCCCAUCACGGAACGCACUCAAGAAGAGGUGAUCUGGAAACACUAGGCUAUAAUUUGAUACAAUGGUUAUGUGGUCGGCUACCAUGGGAAAAAGAAAGUGGAGGAAUGUCUGUCACGACUAGCCCCCAGGCAGUUCACAGUCAGAAAGAACUUAUGUUUUCCGACGUGCCGAGGUUUAUGCGUGAAUGUUUCCUUUUCCAACAAACUCCACCAGUAAAUCUGACGGAAUACAUGGAGUAUGUAGCGAAACUCGGCUUCGAAACGAGACCUGAUUAUAAUUAUUUGCGAUCACUGUUCUCAAGAAGUGUGUGGCAAAAUGACAUCUCAAUGAAAAAAUCGCAUAAACGACCCCCCAACGAGAAUAAAUCAUAUGGAAAACCCAUUAAGCGACUGUGCGUGCGGAAUUCGGGGAGAAAACCCUGUGUACCGGUUAAUUGUGAAAUGCGGAUCACCAGAAAAAAUCACCCAACGAACCAUAGAACAGAAUUUAGCUGGGAAGAAGUCCUAGCUAGGCAUCCCGACAAAAUGGCAAGAUCACAACCGGUUAUAACACCACUAUCUCCUCCAUUGACUCCACCUCCUUCUCCACCUCCGCCAGCUCUACCAACCUAUGCGAUGCUCCAGGUACUGCAACGAAUUAAAGAAAGGCAGUCAGGAUCAAUCAAGUCGAGAAACCUAUGCAAAACUUUGGACCAUGAUCUAAAGCCAAAAUGGAUGACACCAGCCAUGGAGGCAGUUGCGAUCCAACUUCAAACUCGUUUAGCAAAAUCAGUGAUCAGCUCGUCAAAUGAGAAAUCUACAUCCUCUUCUCUUCGGAUAACUAGAUCAAAAGCUGCUUUAUUGAAUCGACAAUCUGGCUUUGGAGAUAAAAUUCUCGAAAAAAUGGGUAUCUCGUCAUUGACACAAUUAGAGACAACAAAAUCUAGGCGAAGAAGAUCUGCAAAAAUGACAUAAAUUUCGUCAGUAAAUUUCUACUUAGGUACAGAAUCUUCCCUCUGACAAAUUCUUACCUGCAUCAAAUUACAGACUACAAAAUAGUAAACUAUUGAGAAUCUAUCGUCUGACGCUUUGAUGAGUAUUUGUUUAAUAGAUUCUCAUAAGCAAUUAGCUUAUAUUAAGUUCAAUGUUUGUGGGUAAUGGUCAGAGUUUGUAUGAUUACAGUUUACAUCAUUCAUAUAAGUCUCACAACUUUUAUAAGACUGUUCUACGAGUAAGAUUUAUUUUUGCAAGUCAAACCACUACAGUACUAAUAUUAGCAAUUACAAGUGACUUGAAAAAAAAAACAGUAAUCCUACAAUAACGGGAUACCAACUCAAAAACUUUUCAAAAUGCGUAUACUUGUGGAUUUUAGUCUAUAGAAUACGAAUUUGUCGGGGAAAAGUCAUUCGGACGGUGUUUACAAACUUGAAUAAUUUAGCGGCUGUAUAGAUACGCUUGCACAGGUCCAGGAGAAAAUCACUGUGAAAACUUCUAUUCUGUUAUUUUUUCCUGAGUUAACCAAGCAGUCUUCUGCGCAUUGGAUAAUUUCUGCCAAGCGGAGCAUUCAAGGUAUUUCAAUUGUGUAAUAUUUUGGAUCAUGCACUUAUCGAACUUCCGUAGACUACAUUCUAUCCAAUAAGCUCGGUUCUACUUUGUAAAGAACGAACGAAUGAACGAACUUCAUUUUUCUUUUGUUAUUCUUUCCCCGUAGCUAGCACAAAAUACACAAGUAUUCGUUUUUGUAUAAUUUUUUCGAAUGAGGACCCUUUUUCUACAGAAUCACGGAAAUAACGGAACUGAGUAUCCAGCGUUAGUUUGUCCGGGUAUUUUGAUGUUUCAACUUCUGUGAAUGCAAAUUCCUAGAUGCAAUCAAUGACCUAGUUCUUACACUUUCCACAGUCGUAUUGUACAUACAUCACCUAAUUAUCCCAUAGUAUGCAGUUAUUAUGGGUAUGUAUUUAUAAUUCCACGCGAUUUGUAUAUAUUACCUACUUCCAUCUUACAAGUGAAAAUUUCCUUCCAUUGGAAUAGGUUUAAAAUGAACACAUUCUUGAAUCAUGUUCCAUUUUUCUUUCGUUUUGCUUCAGGCAAAAACCACACAUUUUAUCAUGAGUUAAAUUUUUGUUAUAGUAAACUGCGAUACACGUAGAUGUAAGCUGAGAAUCGAUUUUAUGGAAUCAAAUGCGUUUCGUAUAAAAAUAUAAUAACUUUUUUUC